AUGAUUCUUAUUAACAGAAGAGAAUUUUAUAAGAAAUAUCAUGCAAGUUAUAACUUUUAUAAUAAAAGGAAUGAAAUAAAAUAUCGUAAAUAUCUUCGUACCGGGAAUAAUAAAAUAAAUUUUAUAAAUAGAUUCCUUCAACAAAAACGAAAAUAUUUUAUUUCAAAAAAAUAUAAAAGGGAUGAUAAUAUUAUUUGUAAGAUGAACUUGAUGGAAAGUAAAUGUUAUAAUUCAAAAUUAUUGAAAAAUGAAUAUGGGCAGAGCCCUAUUUUAUUCAAAAGAUCAUUUAUCACUUCAAAAUUUCUUCUUUCAUCAUCAUCAUUGUUAUCAUCGUCGUCGUCAUCAUCAUUAUCAUCAUCGUUAUCAUUGUCGUCAUCGUCGUUAUCAUCUUCAAACAAUUCAUCAUCAUCGACAUCAACCGAAUCAACAUCAAGUAUGCCAGUUGUUGUUGGAAUUACAAGUGCUUCAUUGGUAUUUUUAGUUAUUUUAUUUAUUAUAUUUAAAAGGACAAAUUAUGCUAAAAAAUUUUCGUUUUCUUGUACAAGAAAAAUUUAUAUAUUCAACGAAGAUAAUAAUAACAAUAAUAAUAAUAACGAUGAUACUAAUAGAACAAUUUCAAAUUUAAAAUAUAAUGACAAAAUCGAAGAAAUUAUUAAAUUACCAACUCCGGUAGUAACGAUUUCAUCAUCAAAAAAUCGUGGAAGUGUUACAACAUUUAAUUAUAAUUCAGAUAUUUCAAUUAAAAUGUAUGAUUCAAGUCAUUAUGAUUUUUUGAAAACAAAAAUUAAUUAUUUAGAUCAAGGAUUUGAUAAUUAUUUUAAACCUGUUCAUGGUUUAUUUGAUAAAGAUUUAAUAGAUGAAAUUAAUGAUAAAAUUAAGGAUGAAUUUGAACUUCAAUCAUUUCCUGUAAAUGAUGUUAAUUGGGAAGAAUGUAUGAAAUAA